AUGCCGACAACGAGCUACGUUCGAUCUGUUCGGAAAUACAAGAGUCCGCAUGCGCAAGACCUGAGCUUUGCAACAGACACUGUGAUCCGUGUACUUGGAUCGGCCAACACUGAGGAAGAUGAGGAAGAUGAAGACCAAACUGACCAAUGGUACAUUGGCGAGCUACUCGACAGCUCACGCAAAGGCACAUUUCCUGCAGUGAACACCAUUCCGCUUGAUCCUACGCCGGAAGAGCUCGCUGAAUUUGAAAAUUUUCCUCGUGCUGUGCAAGAUACUGGCGAAGAACCAAGUACUGCGACGAAACCGACAGAAGACACUGCCGAGCCAUCCAAGGAGAUUACUCCCGAACAGUCCCCUGCGCAGGGCGCUGAAAGUACUGCACCGGUAGCAUAUAUGGAGCAGCCGGAAACACUAGCGAAGGAGAGUGUACCUGCAGCCAACGAACCCCGGCAAGAGGUGAGUGCGCCGGAAAUAAACGACGCUUCUCAAGCAGUACCGGUGCCAACAGAAGCGCCAGCGGCGGAAGCGCAUCAAGAAGCAGCUCCUACCGCGACCGCUGCGGCACAUAAAAGCUCAUUGCGUAAAGAAGAUACGCCGGUGGAGUCAGCACAGGCACAUCUGGCGCCGUCUGGCGCAUCAAAGGAACCUGUCGACCCAAGCCGCAUAUCUCUGCGCGACCGCAUUGCUGCUUUUGACAAACCUGUGGAAAAGGCACCUCCGCCCAUACCGCGGGGAAAGCCAGGCGGUUGGAAGCGCCCCGCUUUGCCCGAAGGUUCGGCCAAACCGCCCAUGCCAAAAACAGACAUUGCCUCGACACAAACCGCCAAAGCUGUACCUGGCGGUGCUACACAAACAGAUGUUGUCCAUGGAGACACCGCAAGCUUUAGUGCGUCUGAUGCACAGAGCAGCAUUAAAACAAGUCUCAAGGAACGCAUGGCUGCACUUCGGCGCGGCGAAGCGGAAACCAAGCGCCCAGCGCCGGAGCCUCCGCGGAAAUUGAGUCGUGAUGCUAUUCCUGACGCACCAAAAGAAGAGGACGAGCAAGUUUCGGAAGAGGAAGCCACGCGCAAAGCAGCACUUUUGCAGCGUAUGGCACGCUUGGGUGGGCAGCGUUUAGGACCGUUUGGAUGCAAUGCCGAAGCAGAGAGUGCAAAGGCUUCACAAGAUACGCUGGAGCCCGACCAAGAACCAGCGCCAAAGGAAGAUACAGAAGAGCUUUUGCACAACGCUGCUGAUGCACCUGUGCAUGCACUCGAGCAGGAGGCUGCGCCAGACACACUUGCCGUCCCGCGCCGUGCAGCACCGCCGCGUACGAAGCGCGCCAAACCUGCUGUAGUACAAGAGGCUCAGCAGAUAUCCAGUGACGUGGCAGAUCCUGGAGAAAGAGAGCAGGAUUUGGCGCCUGAGGCGCAGCCCAGUGCUCAGAAUGACUCUGAUCAACCCGAGGCGCCCGUGCCUGUGGAUGUCGCUGUGCAAACGGCGCCUACAGCGGAAGAAGUGCGCAAAGAUAACUUGGCAAGAAACACAGAGGAGCCGACGAGCACGGCAGAGACGCGAGUUGUGACGCCUUUGGUCGCUGCACCUGUGCAGGAAUCGACUAAUGUUGCCGAUCCAGUACUUCCAGGCGAUUCUGAUGCUGCAGUACCAUUAGAAAAGCGUUCGUCCGUGAAGGAUUCUGCACCUGUCUCACAAGCCACACUGCCCUCCUCGAUUUCUCCGCCGAGCCACGCUGUGUCGGGCUUGCCAGAAAUUCCACCUACUGUAAACAUGUUCCCGGAACAGGGUCAUGUAUUUACCAAGACGGAUACGAGAGAAUCGGACAAGCAGUUUACUUUGCCUCCGCUGGAAACGCACUCGCCAUUGAACAUGGGCGGACAGGACGGGCAGGACGACUUUAUUCCACAACGCCUCCAAUUGGAGCAGCUCUUGCAGUCUGAAGAACAAGGCAAGCCAGAGCACGAACCUUCCGCACAUGCUGUGCCUAUUACGCCUGCUGUGACAUCACCGUAUGCCACCGAUUCCAUGGUGAGAGACACCAACGUGCUGAUGAAAUCGCCUGUAGAUGAGCCUCGCCCGGCCUUCUCCGAACCAGCAGAAAGCACAGCAGAGCAAGACGAAAUGCAACGGCGCGCAGCGACUGCAGAACGCAUUGCACGGAUGGGUGGCCAACGUAUGGCCGGAUUGCCGGGUGUUCCGCUCCCGCAGCGCUCAUUGCCGUACGUAAAUGAUGCUGCGUCUUCAGCACAACCGGUGCCGGAUGAAACGCAUGUACAGACAGAUCCGUCGCCCACAUCAGCUUUGGUGCCAGACAUUGCACCGGAGACAAGUGCGAGGCCGCCGCGUCGACCCACACGCGAAGCGCCGACACUGCCGGGCGCCAGUGCACAAGAGAAACCAGCGCUUGACGAUGAUGCGCAGAUGGGAAGUGAAUCUUUCAUGACAAAUACAAGCACUUUGGACGAGCCUACCACUUUUGGACAUGUUGCGGAGAAUAGUGAUGGAGGCAUAUUAGCACCACCUAUACAUGAUGACACAGAGAUCCCUUUUAAGAAGCGAGCGCCGGACGUCAGUUCCUAUGCAUUGACCAAAGCAUUGCGCACGUCGUUGCAGCUCAAUUUUGGCGACGCGGCAAGCGGUGCAUACGGCGGGCCUUUGACAUGCAAGUUCUAUUCUUCUAAAUCAGGACUCGCAAUUGUACGAUGCGCGCGAGACGGCGUUCGAUACGUAUGGGGUGCAGCGACAUUCAUCCCCAAUAUCGAGAAAACUCCUGUGCGAAUUUCGGUGUAUGCAUGCGCAGGGACCAUUAAAAAACUACAACUGAAAUGUAUUGCGAUUGACAAACAUUAUAUCCUGCAGCUGGAAGCCCAAAAACAGCGGAGCCUUUUUAUGCCGCAGCCAUCAGUCCUACAGCCUGCAGACGAUUGGCAUGCUAUUUGCCAAGACGAUGACAUGGGCAUACCAUUAGAGGAAGAGGAUACAGGCGCUCUGGCUGACGAGCCUGCAACGAUUGACAAUUCUGCGUCGGGGUCAACAGAGGUUAUGGACGAGACGCACAGUAUAACAGGAGAAACAAAAGAGCUUCUCCGUAAAAGCAGACACGAGAUUAUGAAUAUCACGCAGUAA